GCUGGGGCGUAGGCGUCGGGGCCGCGCGCACAGUCGCGCGCAGCUGUUGAAGCGCUUCUCUGCUCCUGCGCUCUGGAGCCCAAACUCCUAGUGCAAACUGCAGGCGCACGAGGGAGGAACGCGUGGAGUAUGAAGAGGCAGGGGGCCUCCUCUGAGCGGAAACGGGCGCGGAUACCGUCCGGGAAGGCCGGAGCAGCAAAUGGAUUUCUAAUGGAAGUCUGUGUUGACUCAGUGGAGUCAGCUGUGAAUGCAGAAAGAGGAGGUGCUGAUCGGAUUGAAUUAUGUUCUGGUUUAUCAGAGGGAGGAACUACACCCAGCAUGGGUGUCCUUCAAGUAGUGAAGCAGAGUGUUCAGAUCCCAGUUUUUGUGAUGAUUCGGCCACGUGGAGGUGAUUUUUUGUAUUCAGAUCGUGAAAUUGAGGUGAUGAAGGCUGACAUUCGUCUUGCCAAGCUUUAUGGUGCUGAUGGUUUGGUAUUUGGGGCAUUAACUGAAGAUGGACACAUUGACAAAGAGCUGUGUAUGUCCCUUAUGGCUAUUUGCCGUCCUCUGCCUGUCACUUUCCACCGAGCCUUUGACAUGGUUCAUGAUCCAAUGGCAGCUCUGGAGACCCUCUUAACCUUGGGAUUUGAACGAGUGUUAACCAGUGGAUGUGACAGCUCAGCAUUAGAAGGGCUACCCCUAAUAAAGCGACUCAUAGAGCAGGCAAAAGGCAGGAUUGUGGUAAUGCCAGGCAUUACCUGGGAUGCAAAGCUACACAAGAAACUACUUUCUCAAGAAGCUGACUCAGGAGGUGGUAUAACAGACAAAAAUCUACAAAGGAUCCUUGAGGGUUCAGGUGCUACAGAAUUCCACUGUUCUGCUCGGUCUGCUAGAGACUCAGGAAUGAAGUUUCGAAAUUUAUCUGUUGCCAUGGGAGUCUCACUUUCUUGCUCGGAAUACUCCCUAAAGGUAACAGAUGUGACCAAAGUAAGGACUUUGAAUGCUAUUGCGAAGAAUAUCCUGGUUUAGCCAGAUGUCUCUGAGAGACAUGGAUAUCACAGGAUGAAGGUAGAAGUAUAAUCUGCAAUUCUCUAUGACACAGCUUUAACCUUCUUUUCUGGCCAGGACAGUCACAAUCUUUGUUUUAAGUUUCACAUGGCCACGGAGAAUGUGCCCAAGAAGAAAAAGAAUUUGAAACAGAGAGUCACUUCCUAAUUUAGUCUUACCAGCAAUUGUCAUCAUGGUUAAAGCUGGCCUGUACUUCUAUAGACAGAAGCUUUGUUUGUUUUCAGUGGAAUUAAUUGAUGAACUGGGAAAAUUCAACUGCAUGGUAUGAAUUCAGAGUGUGACUUAAGGGUCAAUUCAGUAGCAGAAUUUUUCUUUUUCAUUGGUAAAAUAAAAAUUUCUACUCUUACA